GAUUCCACGAUGGAUCCAACGCCCGGGGCUGUUACUCCCGAAGCUUUGGUCACAAAGUUAAAAAGCCAAGGCUUUUUUGACAAGGUACGCAAAAAGUGCCUCGAGCGUGUCGAAUCUGAGGAAGAGUACCAUCAACUUUUGGAAAAUGUUGACAGUCUGGUUUCCCGUUUCCUUCAACUAUGCGAGUCCGUUGGCGUUGACUACCAAAAGUGGCUGGCGAGACGGGAAGCCAAGACGAAGGCGGAUUUUUCGACCCUGCCACCAGUAUUGCCCACUCUGGUCCCCCCACCACCUCUCUCCUUCCAAGCCCCUGAUGCCACCCUUCCAGUCCUCACAUCCUCAACUGUUCCCCAGCCAACCCCAUUCCCGUUUAUGCCCGCUAACUUCUGUCAGCUUCCGCCCCCCAUUCACCCCAUAACUAACCAGCCUGCCCUACAGCCACAGUUUACUUCACAGACCCUCCCCACAGACGCCCAAAUCCAUAUUCCUGGUGCUACGGUGCCCCCAAUACCUGUCGUACCACCGUUACGACCCAAUACCGCUUCGGAAGAAACCACUGACGCUUCAGUCCCUCGAAAGACUUCUGGAACCGAGACAAACGCGCUCAUAAAGGACGAAGAACUAGAUGUUGCGGGUGAGGAGUUGCUUCAGUGUGAUGACUCAAUGGAUGUUGAAUCCUCAGAAUCACAAGUAUCGCCAACAAGGGACAAGGAGUACAAGGAGCAGGAUGAUAGUGCCUACAUGCCGGAUGAAGAUAUCACCUUUCUACCGCCCUCCAACACGGAAUCGAAGCAGACCCCGGCCGCCCGCAAGGUUGUAUGGGAGGGUAUGAAAAUGGAG